GCAGAUGAAUCUGACGAUGAAGCUGCUGUUAUUGUUCUCAUUCCUGUUGAGCCACUCAUCCGGCCACCGGAUACAACUGUCCGACUCGAUUCUGGACAUCAUCAACACCCGACACGUGGAGCGAAUCAUGGCGGAGCGGCGGAUGAACUCUUCGGCGCGGGACGACAAACGCUACACGAUGGUGCAGCAGAACGAGCUGAUAGACGACGUGGACGCAACCGAGGACAGCACCGGCGAUCUCGCGUACCAAACGCCCGAGGUGGCCAUCGAUUUUGACUUCAAUGGGCGACGGCAAUCCGGAGGCGGCGGCGGCGGCUCGACGGUAUCUUCGUACACCAACGAGAGCGGCUUUCAGUACCAUCCAACGGGAUCCGCCCCCAAUGCGGAUAUUUUGGCGGACCUGCAGGCCUACAGGGGAGAUAAGCUGCUCAAGUCGAGCAAGAACGCCCUGGUGGUGACUCGGAAGGAGUACCUCAAGAAGGACUGGUGCAAGACGGAACCUCUGGUGCAGCGAAUCCGGGAGGAGGGAUGCCUCAGCCGAACGAUCAUCAAUCGAUUUUGCUACGGGCAGUGCAAUUCGUUCUACAUUCCAAAGUCUCCGAAACGUAGGCGUCACGGCGGUGGCGGAGGUGGAGGGCGCAAUGGCCACGGGGGACAUGGGGGUGCAGGUGGUCAUGGUCAUCACGGUGGACGUGCGCGGGAGGUUGAUCUGGACUUUGAAGACGAAGACCUGACCGGGCCGGCGUUUCGCUCGUGUGCCUUCUGCAAGCCCAAAAAGUUCACCUGGAUCACGGUGACGCUGCGGUGUCCCUCUUUAGUGCCCCAGCUGCGACGGAAGCGCAUCCAACGCAUCAAACAGUGCAAAUGCAUUGCGGAGCCGUUGAAUUAGAGCUGUUGUGUUUUUUUGUAUUAUUAUUAUUAUUGGUUGAAUAGUCGACGCUGCCGUUGAAGCUGUUUCUGCUGCUGCUGCUGCUGCUGCUGCGGAUGGCGAACGAAGAUGAUGAGACGUGAAAGUGUGGGUAAUAUGUAAAUGUAUUUCUGUGUGGGUGCGGAUGAUUGAGCGCUCUUUCCGCCUUGCACUUGCGGCAAAUCUGGCGAGGAAGGAAUGAGAGUAGGCUUUAUUUUGUUUUAAGUUUUUUUUUUCUCUCUUUUAAUUAUAUUUAAUAGGUCUGUUUCGUUGUAAGCCAUUUGUAGUGUAGGACCGCGGCGUGUGUGUUUGUAAUCGCGAUUCCCCGUUUUGGAACAGUGUCACGUCAGACGGUGGAUGACACGGUGCACAGUGGGAGAUUUCUUCAUUUUAGCGCAUUUAAUGAAUAGUUCUUUAAUUAUGCUUCCAAAUUCAGUAUGUCAAUGCACUUCUUUUGAUGCAAUCAUAUUAUAAUCUAUCCCCCUGAACGUAAGAAAGAAAUUUUUUUUAAAACUUUCCAAUAUACAAGGUUAGUCUUGUGAAAAAUUGUAUAAAAAGCUAAUUUAAGCUGUCCAAAACACUUAGUUCUUAACGUCAAUACUUUUCACGAAAUUUUAUAUAUAUUGUUAU